AUGGCCCCGAGCAUGGCGGAUCCGUCGGUGAAAGACAACCGACCGCCGAAAAUGGCGGCCCAGGAGGAGUUGUUGAGGAGGAGGAACGAGGAAUUGGAAAGAGAGCUUAAGAGGAGCCUGGAAAGAGAGGAGAAGAUGAAAAUGGAGUUGCAGAAGACGUGGGAGAGGCUGCGCGUGGCGGAGGAAGCGGAGGAACAUCUUUGUUCGCAGCUAGGAGAGCUUGAAGCCGAGGCCAUGGAUCAAGCGUCUCAUCGAAUCGGCUUCCGUUCAUAUACCAUCAAUGGAUUUGUAAAACGGAAAGGAGUUUUGUUGUUUUACGCAAGGUGGAAUGACAAAAGACAAACAAUUGGGUUGUUUAUUCAUUUCAUAUGCUCGAUGCGAAAGAUGUUAAAGAAUGUAAUCAUGGCGCAAAGGAGGGAUUAUAGAAUAAACCGAGAAUAUUCCCAUUAUCGACAUUCAACAGUCCUUUCUUUCCUUGAUAUUAGAUUAGAAAGAAUAUACAGUUAUUCAGUUUUGUCGUUACACAUAUUUGUAAAAGAAAGAAACUUUUGA